AAAACAUUUGCGCGGCGCGUCUUAGCCGCUGCUGUGCACGCACACGAUCGCUGGAGCAGCGCACGGCUCGCACGCGACCGCUUUGCAGGAGCGGUGCGCCGCGUGACGACCUCUGCUGCGCGGGCCAGGCCUUGACCAUGGAGGAGGCCGCGGCCGUAUGGAUCAGAGACGACGACGAGGGCUGGCUGCCGGGCGUGGUGAAGCAGGUCGAUGACGAUCAAAUAGAAGUGGACGUCGUGGACGACGACGGGACCACCAUCGAGGCGAUCACGGUCCCGACGCAAGAAAUCAAGAGAAGGGACGCGGACGCGAAGCCCGUCGACGACCUGAUUUCCUUAGCGGUGCUGCACGAGCCGGCCAUCUUGCACGCCUUGCGGCGACGGUACGCGAGUGGCGAGAUUUAUACCUUCAACGGGGCCAUUUUAAUCGCGGUGAAUCCCUUCAGAAAACUAGCACUAUACACCGACGACAUCCUGGAGCGCUACGCAAAUAGAGGCCUGUUGCACGCCCAGGGCGUGCCCCAAGCGACGUUGCCUCCGCACGUGUAUACGGUCGCCGACGCGGCUUAUAGAAGUAUGUCCGAAGCUAUUACCUCAAACGCGAAGCAAGGAUCGCAGUCGGUCUUGAUUUCGGGAGAGAGCGGCGCGGGCAAGACGGAGACCACCAAAAUCGUGAUGAGGUAUCUCACGGUAGUAGGAAGAGGGUCCUCGUCCGAGAACGCGGUGACGGAUAAGGUAUUGCGGAGCAAUCCUAUCCUCGAGGCCUUCGGGAACGCGCGGACCGUGAGGAACGACAAUUCGUCGCGGUUCGGGAAGUUCAUCGACCUCGAAUUCGACGACCGGGGCGCGAUGCGCGGCGCGGCCAUAGAUACUUAUUUACUGGAAAAAAUAAGGCUGCCGCGACAUGCCCAGGGUGAAAGGAACUUCCACGUCUUCUACCAGUUAAGUGCCACCUCCAACAAAGAUGAUGCGUGGCAGUUACCUCCCUCACCGGCAACCACCUGUACUUAUCUCAAGCAGGGCGGCGUGCCUUCUUUAGCUUCCAUGGACGAUGGUAAAGAGUUCGACACGGUCGUGGAGGCUUUGAAAGCAUUGGGUGUGUCUGACGGUGACGUGAAGCACGUUUUUGCGUUGGUCGCGGGCCUCACGCACUUAGGAGACGUCCUUUUUGAAUUUGCCGUUGGUGAUGAUGGCGGCGGUUCCCACGUCGAAGAUCGAACUGUGUUAGAUCGGGCUGCAUCCUUGUGCGGCCUAGAUGCGGAUAAAUUGUUACAAGCAGUCACGCAGCGAACGGUCUCCGCGAGAAACGAGUCCUAUACCGUUCGCCUGGUGCCGCAGGACGCGUGUCAAGCGCGGGACGCCGUCGCCAAAGCUUUAUACGGCAGAUUGUUCGCGUGGUUAGUAAAAGCAAUAAACAAAGGCAUCCAGAAAAAUGAUUUCCGGAAGGCGGCGUCCAUAGGUGUAUUGGACAUCUUCGGCUUCGAGUGUUUUAGUACAAAUUCCUUCGAGCAGCUCUGCAUCAACUACACGAACGAAACGUUGCAGCAGCAGUUCAAUAGAUAUGUUUUUAAAUUAGAACAGGAGGAAUACGAGCGCGAGAAAAUUACGUGGAGCUUCGUCGAGUUCCCGGACAACCAGGACUGUCUGGAUUUGAUUGAAGGUACUAGGAAGGCAUGUCCCCCUGAUGGUGGUUUAUUAGUGAUGUUAGAUGAUGAGUGUCGGUUGCCUCGUGGGAGUGAUGCGAAUUAUGCUGCAAGAAUCCUGAAGUCCCUCAAGUCUCAUGAUCGGUUGUGUGCUUCGAAAAAACAAGUAGUAGACGGUAUUUUCGAAGUGAGGCACUACGCUGGUCCUGUGCCCUACGUCGCGCAAGGCUUCCUCGAGAAGAACAAGGAUGAAUUACCGAGUGACGCCGUACAACUCUUCAACGACACAAAAGGUUUCCUACAGGACUGCUGCGCCGCCUUUGAUCAGGAGACCACGGACGUGAAGAAGAAGAAAGUGACCGUCGCGUCCCAGUUCAAAACCCAGCUGAGAAAAUUGAUGGAGUCCAUCAGUAGUACCACACCGCAUUACGUGCGAUGCUUGAAGCCGAACGAUAAAAAUAUACCGGACGAGUUCGUGCGGAAGCGCGUCGCGGAGCAGCUGAGAUACGGGGGUGUGUUAGAAGCAGUUAGGGUCGCGCGCUCGGGCUUUCCGGUGCGCCUACCGCACGCCGAGUUCGUGCGACGCUACGCGGCGUUGGGGCCUUGUCCAUUACAGGGAGAUCGGAAGGGCUGCGCGUCAUUAAUCGAGGCCUUCGCGUCCGAUGACAAAGACGCGUACCAGCUCGGCCUGACCAAAGUUUUCCUGCGGAAGAACGCCCAUGAUUCUUUGGAGACGGCGCGGUCGUCCGCGCGGCGGUCCGCCGCCGUGCGGUUGCAAUCUUGGGAAAGGAGGCGCCAAGCACUCACGAGGGUCGGGUCGAGGCUGCGCGCGGGCCGCGCGUUGUCGCGCUGGGCGUUCGCGGCGCUGGCUUCCAUGAGAGUCCGGUCGAAACGGCGCGAGUGGAAUGCGCUGCGCGUCGAGACGGCCUGGCGCUGUGCGAGGCAUCGGAACCGCUUCCGUGCUGUGACGCGCGGCGUCCUCGCGCUGCAGAAGCUCGGCCGCGGCGUCGGCGCGCGCCGGGCGACGGCCCAGAGGAGACGCGUCGCGGCUACGGUGCGGAUCCAGAGCGCCGGCCGCGGUUUAAAACCGCGCCGCUUCCGGACCAAGACGGUCCGCGCGAUAACACAAACCCAAGCUUUCGUAAGGCGGUCCAUGGCGAAGCGCGCGGCGCAGCGGGCGCGAAGUGAAAUGAAAGACGUCGCCAACCUCCAGACGGAGGCCGAGGCCAUGAAGGAGGAGAUUCAACAGUUGCGCGCGAGGGCCCAGCAAGAGACGCUCGAGCGCGAGCACGCCGCCGUCGGCGCGGCGACCGCGGAGGUCUCGAGACUCAGGGACGAGCUCGACGCGGUCCUCGCCGUCGGGGACGCGAAACUACGGAGCGCGGAGCGCCUCUGCUCGAAGCUGCGCGGCGACGGCGACCGCAAGUCCGCCGCGAUCGACACGCUCGAGCUCCGAAUCGCCGACGCGGACGCGCGGCGCGACGCCGCAGAAGCUAGAGUGGUGGAGGCCGAGCGUCUGAUGAAGGAGGAGGCGCAGCGCGCCGACCGCCUCGCCGACGCGGCCAAGGACGCCGACGCGGGCCUCGCGCAGCAACUCGAAGCGGAGACGGCGCGCCGCGAGGAGGCCGAGGCCGCGCUCGCGUCGCUGCGCUCGGCCUCGCCGCCGCCGCCGCCCGUGCCUCCCCAAGAGCCCCUGCGGCGCGCGCCGUCGUCGACGCCGCCCACGUCGCCGCGCAACCCGGGGCCGCCGGCCGACCUGGGCGCCGCGUUCCUCGAGGCGUUGCGGCGCGGCAUCGCGGCGGUGGCCUGGGAGGACGGCGCGAGCGAGCCCGUCCAGCUCGAGCUGCGCGCGGGCGCGCCGAGCGCGCCGGGCGCGCCCUUCGCUUUGGCCGGCGCCCAGCUCUGCUUCGUCGUCAAAAGCACGUCGCUCUUCCGGCGCCGGAAGCCGCCGCCGCCUUUAGCGCUAGCGGCGCUCUACGGCGCGCGCGCCGGGAAUGGUGGAGAGGCGGCCCUCUCUUCUCAUUCCAUUGCCUUGGCGGCGGAGGGCGACGACCGCCAACAGCGCGAGGUCGUCCUCGAGUUUCCUACCGAGAGUGGCGCCGCUGAAGCUUUAGCAGGGUUCCGCCACGCGCUGGACGCGCUCCAGCACCACCCUCAUCGCUCACCUCCGCCGUCGCCGCCGCCGCCAACCUCGCCGCCGCCGCCGCCACCAAGGGAGGACAUCGCGGACGCCGUCGCCGAGCUAGAAAAACAAUUACUCCUCGAGCGCGCGAACAACCAGAAGAUGAUGCUCCAGAUGCUUGAGAUGCAGAACGACGUCAACCGCGGCAGCGCGAAGAUCGUCGAGCUCAAGCAGGAGACGGCGGGCCUGCGGUCGCAGCUCGUCGCGCGCGACCGCAUGCACGCCGACGACGCGCGCAUGCGCCUCCAGCUCGGCAAGCGGCUCCAGCAGCUCGUCUUCGACAACGCUGCUUUACGAAGAACGUGCGACGACCUCGAGCGCCACGCGCAGAAGGCCUUCUAA